AUGUCGUCCCCUUUAUCUGCCGGAGAUGAAGAUAUCUUCGAGCGCUUGCAACAGCGCAAGGACCCGCAGGUCCUGGAAGAGCAGCAGCAGGCUGUGAAUGAGCGGAUGCAGGCAAUUCUUCAGAAAGCCCAAUCUCGUCUUGGGGAAUUGCUCGACCAAAACUCUACCUUGCCCUGCAGGAUCUCGUCGGUCCAGUUCCAGAGCGCGCCCCACACUCGCCGAAGCUUCCUCGAGCACAUCGUCAACCCGCUUCUUGGUGCGAACCGCGAUCAUCCCUACACUCUUUCCGAGGCCUUGCGGGAAGUUUCGGCUGCGGCAGACAAACUUGGACGAUUUGAUCUCUUCCAACAGCCUAUCGCCGUUCACCUGGAUGAAUCGACACCAGAUCCCACCACCGGAUUGCGCAACAUCGAUGUUAUCCUUGCUACCCGGGAGAAAUCUCGUGUGCUUUUGAAGACCGGAACCGACCUUGGAAAUGCAGAGGGUUCGGCAUACGGUAACCUCCUCUGGCGCAAUGUAUUUGGAGGUGCUGAGACUUUGAACCUGAACGCCUCUUUGGGUACGCGCACACGAUCUGCCUACCAGGCUGCAUUCGAGACCCCCAUUUUCUGUGACCCUGACUUCCGCCUGGAAGUUGGUGGUAUCGCAAGCUCCACCCAGAAGUCCUGGGCCAGCCAUGAGGAGGUAGUCAAGGGUGGCUGGAGCAAGCUUCGAUGGCUCUCCCAGUCCGGCCAUCGCCAUGAACUGGGCUACAACGGAUUUUGGAGACAGGUUACCAGCCUUGCGGAGAACGCCUCCCCGACUGUCCGAGCCGACGCAGGUGAUAGUGUGAAGAGCAGCAUCUUCCACAGCUGGGUCAAUGAUCAGCGGGACAACGCCAUGUUGCCUUCUCGCGGUUACUACGCCAAGGUUUUCAAUGAAGUUGCUGGGUGGGGCCCCUUGAAGGGAGAUGUAUCAUUCUGGAAGUCCGAGAUCGAGACCCAGGGCAGUAUCCCGAUCCCUAUUCCGGGUGUCAAGGGUGACAGUGGCAUUAGCCUCACCACUGGCUUCCGUGCAGGCCUCCUUUACCCCUUGGGACUGGAGUCAAACUCGCGGCCCCAGCUUUCCCGCGUGAAUGAUCGCUUCCUGCUUGGUGGUCCUACUGACGUCCGUGGUUUCCGUCUCUGCGGCCUGGGUCCUCGUGAGGGUCCUGAUUCCCUUGGUGGGGACGUUUACGCUGCUGGAAGCGCAAACUUGCUAUUCCCUCUUCCCAGAGUGGGAGCCGAGAAGCCUUUGCGAUUGCAAGCCUUCUUGAACGGUGGUCGCCUGUUGCCACUGCGCACUUCGCAGAAGACCGCCCCUUCAACCAGCGGAGAGGUGCAGGAUGCCAUGAUCUCAACCAUCUCUGAUCUGCAGAAUGGCUUGCCUAGUAUCUCAGCCGGUGUUGGUAUCGUGUACGCCCUUCCCGUUGCGCGGUUCGAGCUUAAUUUCUCUCUACCGCUCGUCCUUCGUAAGGGCGAGGAGGGCCGCAAGGGCCUGCAGCUUGGAAUUGGCAUCAACUUCCUGUAG